GCCUUGUCCAUUGAUCACUUUCCCGACUCACCUUUUUUCUCGAACGCCUUUCCUGACUCACCUCACUCUCUCCUACAAUCUUUGGCGUCGUCUCUGCUUCGAUACUCCGCCAGCAUCGAUCUCGCGCGCUAGGAGAAAUGGCCGGCUCUCUGCGCGGCAUGCUUCUGAUGGCCAUCGUCCUCCUCGUCGCCGCCGCCGCCGUCGUGCCGGCGUCCGCGAAAGACUACACCGUCGGCGACUCGUCCGGGUGGAAACCCGGAGUGGACUACACUGCCUGGGCCAAGGGCAAGCCGUUCGCCAUCGGCGACACGAUCUCGUUCCAGUACAGCUCGUCGCACUCGGUGCUGGAGGUGAGCGAGGCGGACCACAGCGCGUGCUCGGCGAGCAACCCGCUGCGGUCGCACCGGGACGGCCAGAGCACCACCGUGCCGCUCACCAAGGCCGGCACCCGCUACUUCAUCUGCGGCGCCCCGGGCCACUGCGCCUCGGGGAUGAAGCUCGCCAUCACCGUCUCCGGCGGCACUAGCAGCGGCAGCGCCGCGACGACGUCGGGUCCCGCCAUGCGGGCGACGAACACGACGCCGGCGUCUGGUGGCGCGGCGGCGACGGACGACGCUGCGGCUGCGGGCGAGUCGGACUCGGACUCGAGCGCGGCUGGCACUGGCACAGGGGCUCGCCUCGCGACGGGCCUGCUGUUCGCGGCCGUGGGCCUCGCUGCCCUCAUGAUGAUGGGCUGAAUUCAGGAUCCGCUAGGGAAAAGGCAGUGCGGUUUCAUGAAUUUCCUCUCUUUUUUUUAUUUUUUUGACGACAUGAAUUUCCUAUUUGGUUUCGUGCGUUCUCUCUGCUUGCGUUGCGUUGCGUUGCGUUGCGUCCCCCGGGGCUCCGACCUGCACAUGUGUGAUCCGCUUUAUGCUCUACUACCCCACUACUACCAUAGUAGGCUAAUACUGUAGUACGUCCAAAGAGUGCUGGGUUUGUGUAUCUGUAUUUUUGUUAUGAUUUUUUUGGCUACUCGUGAUACA